UCUCGAAAGGGAACAUGGUCGAUAUAGCCUACGAGAUCCAGCACAAAAGAAAAGAAGAUACAAUAUUUUAAAUCGCACUUAACAUUUUCCCGAUAGGAAUGGAUUCGCUCAUCACUUCCAAUGACUUCCAAAGUAACUGGACAAACAACUCAAUAGCACAAAAUGAAACCGAGGUUUACUGGAACCAGUUUGUGCAACCUGUUUGGAGGAUAGUGCUCUGGGCAGUAGCGUACAGCACAAUUGUCAUUGUCUCCGUGGUGGGCAAUAUUACGGUAAUGUGGAUCAUUUUGGCGCACAAACGAAUGAGAACCGUGACGAACUAUUUCCUUGUGAACUUGGCGUUCGCUGAAGCGUCAAUGUCUGCAUUCAACACCGUUAUAAACUUUGUUUACUCCGUGCACAACGAGUGGUAUUUCGGACUCAAUUACUGUCGAUUCCACAACUUCUUUCCUAUAGCCGCAGUCUUCGCUUCCAUCUAUUCAAUGAGCGCGAUUGCGCUCGACAGAUAUAUGGCCAUCAUUCAUCCCCUGAAGCAGAGGAUGUCUGCAACACAGACCAAGGUGGUCAUCGGGGUCAUCUGGGUUCUGGCUUUUCUGCUGGCCUUCCCCCAGUAUUACUACUCUGACACGGACCAGCUGCCGGGCAGGGUGGUCUGCUACAUCGACUGGCCUGAGUACACUCUCCUGGACUUCAAAAAGAUGUACUUUGUGUGUGUAGCAGUGCUGAUUUACUUCCUCCCUCUCCUGGUGAUGGGCUGCGCUUACCUGGUGGUGGGUUUGACUCUGUGGGCCAGUGAGAUCCCAGGAGAUUCGUCUGACCGUUACCAAGAGCAGCUGAAUGCCAAACGCAAGGUGGUGAAGAUGAUGAUUGUGGUGGUAUGUACGUUCGCUGUUUGCUGGCUCCCCUAUCAUGUCUAUUUCCUGAUUUACCAGUUCUACCCACACCUGUUUGAGCAUCCCUUCAUUCAGCAGGUCUAUCUGACUAUCAUGUGGCUGGCAAUGAGCUCCACUAUGUACAAUCCCAUUAUCUACUGCUGCCUCAAUGACAGGUUCCGUGCCGGAUUUAAGCAAGCAUUCCGCUGCUGUCCAUGCGUCCCUGAGGGAUCCUACGAGGGUCUAGAGCUCAAGUCCACCCGGCACCUUCAAACCCAGACCAGUUUGUACAGGGCCAGUCGAAUGGAAAGCACCGUGUCCUGCGUGACACAGCCAUGUGAAGAUGGCCACAAGGUUACCUUUGGGAGCAUCAGAGCGGCUUCUGAGAGGCCGGCAACUCACAGCCCUUCCAGGGAGUUCACCUCCAAUGGCUCGUCCUCUCGCAGUAUUUCCAAGACCGUGUCGGAGACAUCCAGCUUUUACUCCAGUAAUAACCUACAGGAAUAAGAGCACAGAAACACAAGAGUCUAGCAGGACGAAUGUCACCAUCUUUUGCUGAGAUGUAAUCGAUGUAACCCCCCACCCCAUCCAGUGUAAAUCUUGAGGAUUACCUUGAGUGUGUGCAGAUGUUUUAGCUGGUUGAACACAAACAGCAAGUGUUUUUCAUUUCAAAUGAUCCAUUCAUUCUAUUCAUGAGGUUUGAUUAUGAUUAGAGGAACAUUUACAUUGAUUUUUUUGGGGGGUAAUGCUUUCUUUCCAAAGUUGUGUAAUUGUUGCAUUGUGCUGACUUACGUAAAUGAGAGCCUGAUUUAAUGAUCCUGCAAUCACUGAAGACAUUUUAAAAGUUUACAUUAAUGGAUAUGUGAUGCAGUGGAACAAUGAGUCAUUAUACUGUAUAUAUUGAAUAUGGCCACUUAAAUUGGUCUCUAUAGAAACAGGAAAAAAAAAAAACCAAAAAAAAAAAAAAAAACAUACACCUCUUAAUCGCCUAAGAUGGCCCACCUUGCUCAAAUGAUUGAAGAGAUAAUAUGAAACCUCACAUCAUAUUUUCACUGCAACCAAAAAAACAACAACCAAAGGGCAGAAAUUACAUUACUGAAAAUGUCACGGUAGCUUCGUGGUCAGUUAGAGCAAUGAUCCCAUGAAAUAAACAUGAACCACAUCAGUUGUCAAUAUAAACACUUCCACAGGGAAAUUAGAUGACUUUUCAAGGUGUGCCUGGAAACACGAAUGCAUGUGGUGAAAGCUCUGAUUUUGUGCUGCUCUGAAGAAUAGAUCUGGGGGGAAAUGUGCAGAGAAUAUUUAUCUGUCUGUCUCUUUUUCUUUAUUCUCUUACCCGUUGGCUUACUUGAAUUUAUUUUUUUAUUUUUUUUCGUAAUUGACCCUUCACUAAGCUCCGCCCCUUGGUUACUGGAUACUUGCUGUUGUAGACAAGCAGAAAAAUGAAAAAGGAAUUGAAAAAUCAUUAGGAGAUGAGCAGUGUGAUAAUCAGUGAAAUAUGAUCAUUAAUGAUAAAAAUUAUUAGAUUUUAUUUAUAAGUAGGCUAGGCUAAAAUUUGUUUUGACAUCACAAAGCAUAUAUGCUUUUUUGUUUUUCAAUACGUAGUGAUAAACUGCAUUGACUGCAAGUCAUUUAUGAAAACAUUAACAAUAUAAAUUAUUACUAUGUCAUCCAGGUCAUGUUUGCAUAAUCUUUUUUGAGUAGCCUACUAUGAAUUCAAACAUAUACUUCUUUUGUCACAUACUGUUAUUCACCUGUUGCGGAAUAUCUGAGACCUGUGCCUUCAAGUUUUGUUGUGAUUUUGAGUUGUUGGGUUUGUUGUGCGGACGCUACAGUUUGCUGAGGUAUGAUUGGUCAGUAACAUUUGUAAGGCGGGGCUUAGUGACGUACCGAUUCUGUAGUUAUUCUAUUGUAGAAGCAUUCGUGCCCACACACACAUCUCCCUCACACUGGACAAGGCCAAAGUAAAAUUAGCUCUUUAGGCACUUCCCUGGAUACAGUCAUAUGAUACUGAGGUACACAGGAUUAUAGGACAAAAGCGGUGAGGGGGGUUUAAAAGUUACGCAAGGGAUGUGGGAUGGGGGGUUGAAAGAACACCUGCUGUUCUUGACUGGGAUUGUGCGAAUGGUGUCUGUUUUCCAAAACAGAGGAGCGAGCCUGAUUGCGGGGCUGUGCUUCAUUGUUCACACAGUGGCAGAAGGCUUGUCAUGGUGCAAUAUGUUCUGAAUAUUUCAGUGCAAUUUAUAACAUAUUGUACUGUAAUGACUGUGAUCUGAAUGGCCCUGACUGUUUGGCAGGUGCUGCUUCCAGGAGUAAAUGAGCCACACUAUGUUCCUGAUGUACAAAUUAUAUUUUAAAAUUCAGAACCGUCAGUGAUGCUUUUGCACUGUCACAUAUACCAUCACUCUAAAGUGUGCCAAACAACUAUUUAGUAGUCUUACCAUUUUAAUUAAAUCACUGGUCAGGAAAUUAGCAAUUGCACAAAUUCUAGAGAAAGUAACUUAUGGAAUAGCCUUCCCGUUUGUUAUCUUUAAAUGUUUGAGCUGUGUGGGUAAACGUGCAGAAAGCUGUUUGUUCCUCUCAAUGCUUAUGGCUUCAAACAUUUCAAAAUGUCUCCCAGUUCGUUUAAUGUGAGACCAAAUAUUCAAUAUUCAAUUCUGGAAUGGCCAAAACAUGAGCCUGAUGCAAAGUCACUUCUUUGCAAUUUGGGCAGGAUCAUUAUCUCGUUAAAAAAAUGACAUCUAAUCACUCCUCUUUUGACAACAACUUUUCAUUUGUUGGAAGCAAGCCAUUCUGCAAUAUUCUCCUGUACUCCAAAGCAUUAAAAGUCUUUUCACAGUGAAGUAGCUCAGCAAUUCCAGCAGCUAAAAUUGCUCCCCACACAAUGACACCUCUUCCUCCAUGCUUCACUGUGGUGGAGGAGCAAUUAUUAUUAUAUUUCUCAACAGAUUUUCAAAGAUACCGUUCUGGAGCAUCACCAUGCAACUCAUGUUUCAUUAUGACUUACCACUUCACACACACAAGUUCCCCAAAUCUUUGAUGUUUUUCUGAGACAGCAUUGGACUUUUAAAUAGGGUAUUUUCUUAAAUUCGCUAAUUUCUUGACCAAUAAGACAAUCAAAAGCUUGUUGUUUUGCCAUUUUGGGCUUGGCCCAUUCUAUGACUAGCCAAAAGAUCUGAUUAGUUGGGACUUUUUUGCUUUUGAAAGAAGUCACUGCUCAC